AUGUAUGGAUUUUUAAGAACAAGAGAAAAAGAACCAACGUUUAAUAUUGUCAAAUUUUAUGCUCGAAGAUAUUUAAGACUAACACCAGCACUGAUAGCAACUAUUUUAUGUGACAUUUCAAUAAUACGUUUAAUGGGUAGUGGACCAGGGUUUCAGUUAAGGAUAGAUAGAUUAGUGGAUACAUGUGAAAAAAAUUGGUGGCUUUCAUUGCUGUAUGUAUCAAAUUAUGUAGAUGUUCGUAACAUCUGUUUGCCACAAUCCUGGUAUCUUAGUGCUGAUACACAGUUAUAUUGGCUAUCACCGUUAUUGUUGUUACCUGUAGUGUGGUGGAAAAAAUGUUCUUAUUAUCUUUUUGGAAUAAUAACGAUAGUUGGGACAGCUGUUGUAUGGUUCAUCGUUUACGAUAAACAACUGAUACCAAAUGCUAAACCGUCAGAUUAUUUGAGUGCAUAUCACACUGCAACACAUACCCGCAUCUGUCCUUGGGUUAUAGGACAUGCACUGGCUUACUUUAUUUAUCAAAAUAGAAAUAAGAAAUUUAACAUUCCAAUGUGGUUGGCAACAUUGUUAUGGGUUCUAGCACUUUCACUUGGCGCUUAUUCAAUGUUUGGAAUGUAUCCAAUUACAGAAUUAGACUAUGAAUAUGACCGAGCCUAUGUGUCAUAUUUUAUGGCAAUGUCGACUGUAUUCUAUUGCUUGGCAAUUUCUUGGAUUAUUUUUUCAUGCAUAUUUGGAUAUGGAGGUAUUGUGAAUUGGUUCCUAUCAUUACCAAUGUGGCAGCCACUAUCCAGAUUAACAUAUUCGAUGUAUAUAACACAUUUUACGCUGCAAUUGGCGCUCCAUGCAGGAGUUAAAACACCAAUAUGGUUUUCAAAGAUGCAUUUGGUUUGCGUAACUAAAUCAGUUUCUACAACAAUACAAAGUGUACAAAUAAAUUAUGUACGAGUGCCACAAGCGGUGCGUAAUAAUUCUGGUCGACCGGUGGUAUUAGAUUGUGAUUACACAGUACGACCAACUGAUGAAGGUUUAGUUAUAAAAUGGUUUUUAAAUGGUGCACCAGCUGCUGUAUAUCAAUGGAUACCACCAAAACGUCCACAAAGUUUAGGACCACUUAGAGAUCGUUUAGAUUUAACAUAUAAAGUAACAGAUGAUCCAAAUACAAUGCAUCGAGCAUUACGUAUAUUGAAUCCAACCACCGAUAUAUCCGGUGAAUAUAAAUGUUUUGUAUCAACAUUUAAUGAUGAAGAUUUUAGUGCUAGACAUAUGACAGUUUUUGAACCUGAACAACGUCUAUUACUAUAUCAAAGUGUACCACAGCGGGGGCAAGUAAAUAUCUCGUGUAGUGUGACAGCUGUCUAUCCAGAACCACAGAUAGCCCUUUUCAAAGAUCCUGACAGGAAAGACAGAAAACCAAUAAAAGAUGUUGAAGUAUGGUCACGUAUAAGAGAUCGUGAUGGUAGAUAUGAUGUAACAGCUUUAGCAACACUACCCGAAUCAGAAUUAGAACCCGCUGAAUCGGUAUUUGAUUGUGAGAUGACAAUACCUGGUACAGGAUAUACGAAACGAACGAGUCGUGUUUAUUAUCCAGAAGGAAGUGAAUUUAAAGACAGUCAACAUAAGUCGCAGCCUGCAGUAAAUUUAUUGGUAUAUAGCAGUCUUGGAAUAUUUGGAUGGUUUGUUGCACAAUAUUAUUGUGCAUUAUUACUAUUAUAA